CCGGGAGUCUCGGCUCGCCUCGCCGCGUGCCGGGGGCGGCCACCAUGUCGAGCCUGAGCGUGCGGGACCCCGCCAUGGACCGCUCGCUGCGCUCGGUGUUCGUGGGCAACAUCCCGUACGAGGCCACGGAGGAGCAGCUCAAGGACAUCUUCUCGGAGGUGGGCUCGGUGGUGAGCUUCCGCCUGGUGUACGACCGCGAGACCGGGAAGCCCAAGGGCUACGGCUUCUGCGAGUACCAGGACCAGGAGACGGCGCUGAGCGCCAUGCGCAACCUCAACGGCCGCGAGUUCAGCGGCCGGGCGCUGCGGGUGGACAACGCGGCGAGCGAGAAGAACAAGGAGGAGCUCAAGAGCCUGGGCCCCGCCGCGCCGCUGCUCGACUCGCCCUACGGCGACCCCAUCGCCCCGGAGGACGCGCCCGAGUCCAUCAGCCGCGCCGUGGCCAGCCUGCCGCCCGAGCAGAUGUUGGAGCUGGUGAAGCAGAUGAAGCUGUGCGUGCAGAACAGCCGGCAGGAGGCCCGCGGCAUGCUGCUGCAGAACCCGCAGCUGGCCUACGCGCUGCUGCAGGCGCAGGUGGCCAUGCGCCUCAUGGAGCCCGAGCUGGCCGCCCGCAUCCUGCACCGCCCGCGCCCCGCGCCGCCGCUGCUGCUGCCGCCGCCGCCGCCCCUGCCCGCCAAGGCCGCGCCCGGCCCGGGCCCCGCGCCCCCCGCCGCCCCGCAGCCGCCGCCGCCGCAGCCGCCCCCGCAGCCGCCGCAGCCGCCGCCGCCGCCGCCGCCGCCGCAGCACCUGGCCCGCAGGCCCGGCAAGGACAUCCCGCCGCUCAUGCAGACGCCGCUGCAGCCCGGGAUGCCCGGCGCCGCGGUCGGCCUGCCGGGGCCGGGGCCCAUGGCCGACCCCAGGGCCGCCCUGCCCCCGCGGGGACCCCUGGCGCCCGGCGGCCUCCCUCCCCGCGGGCUGCUGGGCGACGCCCCGAACGACCCGCGCGGGGGCACGUUGCUGUCGGUCACCGGCGAGGCGGAGCCGCCCCCGCCGCCGCCGCCGCGGGGCUACCUGGGCGCCGGGCCCCUGGCCGACCCCCGGAUGCUGAUGGCGGCCGAGCCCCGCGGCCCCAUGCUGGACCCGCGGGGGCUCCCCCUGGACGGCAGGGCGGGGGGGGGCGGCGGCGGCGGCGGCGGAGGCCGAGACCGAGACCGAGACGGCCGCGGGCUGGAGCCCCGGGUCCUGGAAGCCGACGUGCUGGAGAGGAGGAGCCUGGACGCGUGCGCCAUGGAGCUGAGGGGGCCCGGCCCCGCGGCCCGGGGCCCCAUGGCCGGCGGCAUUCAAGGGCCCAGGCCGGUCCCGAACAUCGCGGGGGUGGGGGCGCCCGGCGCGGGGAUGCAGGCGGUGGCCAUGCAGGGGGGUGGGAUGCAGGGUGCAGGGAUGCCAGGAGCGGGGAUGCAGGGUGCUGGGAUGCCAGGUCCUGGGAUGCAGGGUGCAGGCAUGCAGGGUGCAGGCAUGCCAGGAGCGGGGAUGCAGGGUGCAGGCAUGCAGGGUCCUGGGAUGCAGGGUGCAGGCAUGCAGGGUCCUGGGAUGCAGGGUGCAGGCAUGCAGGGUCCUGGGAUGCAGGGCGCAGGCAUGCCAGGAGCGGGGAUGCAGGGCGCAGGCAUGCCAGGAGCGGGGAUGCAGGGCGCAGGCAUGCAGGGCGCAGGCAAAGCAGGCGGGGGCCAGCCCAGCAGUUUCAGCCCGGGACAGAGCCAGGUGACGCCUCAGGACCAAGAAAAGGCGGCUCUGAUCAUGCAGGUGCUGCAGCUGACUGCCGACCAGAUCGCCAUGCUGCCCCCCGAGCAGAGGCAGAGCAUCCUGAUCCUGAAGGAGCAGAUCCAGAAGUCGGCCGGAGCCUCCUGAGAGCCCGGUUCAGUUUCUGUUUGUUAGUUAGUUUGUUUUUCGUUCCGUUUGUUAUCUUGAGUAGGGAGAGGGGAGGGCAGAGCGGGUUGGGCCUGUUCAUUCUAACUCGCCGCCAGCUCGCAAA